AUGGACCAGGACCUUCCUCACGCGCCGAGCGAGUACCAGUACGCGUCAAAGGAGGAGAUACAGCAGGCCAUUGCUGAACUACGUCAGGCCCUACCGGGCGAGGAUACUGUCACCACUGACCCGGACGUGCUGACUACUUACGGACAUUCCGACAACACCUACCACCCUACUGCCCCCCAUUCCGUCGUCGUGCGUCCAUCGAGCACGGAGGAUGUCGUCAAAAUCGUCAACAUUGCCCGCAAGUACCGAGUACCCAUUGUCCCCUACAGCGGCGCGACUAGCCUCGAGGGUCAUUUCUCCGGGCUGACAAACGGCGACAUUUGCCUUGACAUGUCAGGCAUGGACAAAAUUCUGGAGAUUCAUGAGGACGAUGGAGACCUAAUAUGUCAACCUGGCGUUCAAUGGGAGGUAGUCAACGAAACUCUCAAAGAGAAGGGGAUCCCUCUCUUCUUCCCGCUCGACCCGGGUCCAGGCGCGACUAUCGGUGGAAUGAUAGGCACAGGUUGCUCAGGCACGAAUGCCGUCCGCUACGGUACCGCCAAGAGCGAAUGGUUCCUGAACAUCACUGCAGUGCUACCCAACGGCAAAGUCAUCAAGACACGGCGGCGAGCCCGCAAAUCCUCCGCUGGAUUUGAUCUAACGAAAAUAUUCAUUGGUGCGGAAGGUACACUAGGCAUCAUUACCGAAGCUACACUACGCCUGGCUCCGCUCAUGCCUACGAAGGUCGCAAUGGCGCAAUUCCCUGACGUCGGACACGCUGUGAGCGCUGUCCAAGAAGUCCUCAAUAGCCCACAUGGGCCGCACCUGCAAUGUGUUGAGCUCCUGGAUGAUCGCAUGAUGGCCGCAAUCAAUGCCGCGGGCGAGGUUGCACGGCCGCUGCCCGUGAGCGACACGCUCUUCUUCAAGAUCCAGGGCGACGAGGCGGCGAUCGGCGCCACAGCGCGCGCAGUGCAGGACACGGUCGCGCGGCAUGGGAGUACGCGCUUCGAGUUCGCGCAGACGGACGAGGAGGCUGCGCAGCUGUGGGAGAGCCGCAAGUACGCGCUCAUUAGCACGAUUGGCAGCGAACCUGGUUCGCGCUGCUGGACGACGGACGUGUGCGUGCCGCCGUCGCGCCUGCCGCAGCUGGUGCACGAGACGAAGCGGGAUCUGGCGGAGAAUGGGCUGCGCUCGACGAUCGUCGGGCAUGUGGGCGACGGUAACUUCCAUGCUCUGAUCCUGUUCAAAGACGACAAGGAGCUGCAGACUGUGAGCGACGCCGUGCACCGCUUGGUGCAUCGUGCGAUCCGGCUUGACGGGACGUGUACUGGCGAGCAUGGCGUCGGGGUCGGAAAGAAGGAAUAUCUAGUGGAUGAGCUGGGUGAAAACACCGUCGAACUGAUGAAGACGAUUAAGAAGGCUAUUGACCCGUUGAACAUUCUCAACCCUGGUAAAGUAAGUGAUCGACAACUGCGGGACUAA